UACAAAAGAGACUCCAGAGUGGAGUUGUCUUCUCGCGUGACGUCCUUCUUCCGGCAUCACAGUGGUAGGCUACGAGAAAGAGAACUGUCCAAGGUUCUGACACCAUGGAUGCACGUCUCGAGGGGUCCUCAUUUCCCCCUGCCAGCAGUAGUAACUGGAACACCAUGAUGAAGGAGGGUGACAGUUUUGAACCAUGUAAUGUGAUCCCAGAGUGCAGAACUCUGCUUCGAGCAUCUGAGUCCCAUGGGCUCCAGCUUCUGAAUCUGGUUAGAUCAUUUCGUGAGCGAGGACUGCUGUUUGACUUCACAUUAAAGGCCCAGGAGCACACCUUUCCCUGCCAUCGAUGUGUGUUGGCAGCUUGCAGUGAUUUCUUCAGAGCCAUGUUUGAAGUGGAUAUGCACGAGCGCAAUGAGGGCUCCGUAACCCUGGGCAACCAGUCUCCCAGAGCAGUGGGUGCCUUCCUGGACUUUGCGUACACUGGAGAAGCAGUCGUCAGUGACAACAACGUAGACAUGCUUUUCCAGCUGGCCUCCUUCCUGCAGGUGUCAGUUCUCUCCAGGGCCUGCAGUGACUUCCUCAUCAGUACCCUGGACAUCUCCAACUGUCUGUCCCUCUCGGCUCUUGCUGAGGGCUAUGGGUCAUCGUCCCUACAGCAGAAAGCAAAUGAGUUUGUGGUUCAGAACUUCCAGAGCUUCUCUUUAACACAAGACUUCCUAGAAAUUCAGGUGGAAAUGCUAGAAGCCUGCUUAAGGGACAAUGCACUGUGCGUUCCUAGUGAGGAGGCCGUGGUGAUGUCACUGUUGAGAUGGUUAGAUCACAAUCUAAAAGGGAGACGGAGACUGUUGAUAGGACUACUGUCUCUAACCCGAUUGCACCAUUUACCUGCUGCAGUGCUGACGGCUUUGCGCGACACAGAGCCUCUCCUCCGUGGCGACGAGGCCUGCGUCGCCCUGCUGUCGGAGGCACUGGGGAAGCAGACCCGGUACGGCGGCCUGCUGACCGACGCCAGGCCCGCCACCGUACGGAGCUACAUCUACACCCAGAAGACAGAGGAGAACGGCCAGACCCGGCACUCCUUCUGCUACUCCCUGGAAGCCGACCGAUGGAGGGAGGUGUCGCCGGAACCCUGCCUGGGGGGAGGGAGCCCCCUGGUGCCUGACCUACCGGGUUCACACCUGAGCAGCUUCGCUGAGAAGUUGUUUGUGACUGGCGGUUGCCGGGGUAACUGUUGCCGAGCUGUGCGCCUCCAUGUGGCUGAGCCAUUCCAUGACGCCACAGACGAGGUGUGGUGCCUCUGUCCUGUGACCGGUAGCUGCACAGCGAAGGCUGCCAUGUCGAAGCCGCGCACCAUGCACACGGCCGUGACCUGCCUGGACAGAGUGUACGUCAUCGGGGGACGGUCCCGAGGACCCAGAGGAGAGACACCCAGUCUCCUAGAGGUGGAGUACUACGACCCCCUCUCCGAGAGCUGGACUUUAGUCAGCCCUCUGCCAGCAGCCAUCUUCUACCCAGAGUCUAGCACCUGUGGCAGCAUCAUCUACACCCUGGGCUCAGAGGUGGAGAUCAGCGACUCCUUCAACCCCUCCCUUGACUGCUUCUUCAGCUACAACGCCGGGCAGGACCAGUGGAGCCGCCUGGUGGCAGAGUUCGGCCAGUUCUUCCACGCCAAGCUAAUCAAGGCCGUGUCUAUUCAUGAAACACUGCAUCUUUGUGACCUGUCCACCUAUAAGGUCUACAGCUUCUGUCCAGAGACGUGCAUCUGGAAGGGGGAAGGCUCGUUUGAGUGUGCCGGGUUCAAUGCCGGGGCGGUGGGAACAAGGGACCGAAUUUACAUCCUGGGUGGAGAAUACUCCCCUGACGAGAUCACAGAUGAUGUUCAGGUUUACCACAGUGGGCGGAGUCAGUGGGAGGAAGUGGCCCCAAUGCCCAGAGGCCUCACUGACUUUCACUGUCAGCUCCUUAGCUUCAACAGAUACAGAGAUCCCUGGGGGGAGAGAGGUGAUCCAGCAUAAUGUACAGUGCAUUGCAUAACGCAUGCAUUUGUGCAUUCAUGGACGUACAUGCAAUUUCUAAGCUAGACUACCCCGCUUGAUGACCAAUUUGGAAAAAGUGAAUAAUCAGAGUAUUUAACCGAGCUGUGCCAAGAAGACUAUGGAGGAUAUCAACACUAUGCUCUCUAAGGGAGAUACACUCCAUCUUCGUUAUAGUUUCUUGUUACCUUUUUUUUUAUAGUUUACCCCAUUAUCAUGGUCCCGGGGAAAUCUAUGAUUCGUUGCUAUGUUUUAAGUACCAGAUACAUUGAGAUACUUUUCUCGUCCGUCUACUUUUUUAAGUUUGCAAUGGCAGCUGGAAUAUUUAUUGUGAUGUGUUUGUUUAUAGGGGUUUAGGUCACAUUGUGAAAUCCAUAUAAUAUGAACGGUCCCCAGAUGAGGAUUUUCUAUGCAGCCAUUUAGAACAAAAUGUAAUAGAAAAGUGAACAGCCUCUGAAUUAUUAAACUAAUGAAUGGUGGUAUGUGGAACAACUGUACAAAUUAAUUUUUAUUUUCAUUGCAAACUCAAUUUUUUUUUAUUUAUAUUGUGUUCUCAUACCCCCAGAAUUGCUCCUAAUGUUUCAGAACAUUUGAGUGAAAAAAUGUUAAGCAUAUAAGGGUCUGUAUCAAGUCCCGUAACUGUGCUGGAAUAAAAAUAAAUAAA